AUGGAAGAAGAUUCUUUAGCCCGUGCGAUCCCUCUCCUCCUGCAGGCCCUGGAGCUAAGGAAAAAGUACAUACGCGUGAGCAAACAGAACAAAUCUUGGAAGAGGUAUCCUGUUCCCAGCACUCUCUCUGCAGAAAAAGCAAACUCGCACUGGAGCCUUGUGGGCGACUCUGAAGAGCUUCCUUCGAUUUCCGAGUACUACAGAGACAUUGACCUGCUGACUUCCAUUAUUCACAACGGCCCCUUAAAGUCCUACUGUUUCCAGCGCCUUGAGCACCUCGAGCUGCAGUUUAAGAUGCACAUAAACCAGUUCCACAGCAAAGAAAAAAACGAACAGAAAACUCUCUCCAACAAAGAUUUCUACACGGUGGUUAAAGCAGACACGCACUUGCACCACUCUGCAAGCAUGAACUCAAAAAGGCUGCUAAAAUACAUCAAAAAGAAGCUGAGAGAUUCUGGAGCAGAUGUAGUGUACAAAGAUAAGACAGGAGAGAAGCACACCUUAUCUGACAUCUUCUCAGGGAUAAAUAAAACAGUAGAUACGCUCUGUCUGGAUAGUCUUGGCACGCACUCCAAUCUGGAGACAUUUCACAGAUUCGACAGAUUCAACUCUAAAUACAACCCGUACGGCACUCCAAUUCUCAGAGAGGUUUUUCUUAAGCACGAUAACUACAUCGGCGGAAAAUACCUGGCAGAGCUGACACAGGAGCUAAUAGAAGAAAUAGAAGAAAAAGAGUAUCUAAAGUGCGAGUGGGGCAUAUCUCUGUAUGGAAAAAAGGAAAACGAGCUGGAAGUUCUCAGCAGAUGGGUGGAUAAACAUUCGAUAGAAAAUGAGAGUGUGCGGUGGUACAUACAGGUCCCCAGGCUGUACGGUGUGUUCAAAGGGUACGGGAAUGUCAGCAACUAUGCAGAGUUUCUGAGCAACAUAUUCAGCGCCCUGAUAGAGUCAUCACUUCGUCCCAAAGUAGAAAUGUUAUCCAAAGAUAAGAAAAUAGCACACAGCACAGAGGAUAUAAUAGACGCAUUCCUCUGCAAUGUCGUGGGCUUUGACUCAGUGGAUGAUGAGAGCGCCAAAGACAAGAAAAAUCACUUUGAAAAAGGGCAUCCCCUAAAGUGGGCGCACAUGGACAAUCCCCCGUACUCCUACUACAUGUACUACAUGUACUACUACACAGCAGUGGUGAACAGAAUAAGAGUCAGCCGGGGGAAAGACCCGCUUGCAUUUAGGCCCCACGCAGGAGAGUCAGGAGACAUUGACCAUCUGGCGUAUGCCUUUUUGACUGCAAAGAGCAUAGCACACGGCGUCAAGCUAAGAAAGUCUCCAGUGCUACAGUAUUUGUACUACCUAGCACAGAUAGGCAUAGCAAUGUCUCCGCUGAGCAAUAACUCUUUAUUCAUAGAGUAUAGGAAGAAUCCUUUCCCUCUUUAUUUUCAGAGAGGGCUGAAUGUCUCUCUGUCUACAGACGACCCGCUGCAGUUCCACUACACGCGAGAGCCUCUGAUGGAGGAGUACAGCAUAGCUUCGCAGAUAUGGAAGCUCUCAUCGUGCGACCAGUGCGAGAUAGCCAGGAAUAGCGUGCUGAUAAGCAACUACGGAAAAGAGGAAAAAGAGAAAUGGAUAGGAAAGUACGAGGUAGAUGGAAGGCUGGUGAAUGACCAAGCAAAGACAAACGUGCCGCCAACAAGGUUCAACUACAGAAUGAAGAGAAUAUCUGAAGAGUACGCAAUCCUGCAGAAGUACGCGUACAGGAUAGAGCCGCCUCCUGAGUAA